AUGACUUCGACAAUAGCCUUCCCUCACAAACCGUCGCCCGCUUCGUCCAUUGGCCCUGCGUCGGGCAGAAAUUUUGCAUCGCUCAACGAUAUCUCUGUUGACCGACCCACACCCGCCCAUUCCAUUGACAUGUCUGUCGUUUCACGGCAUGCUACUGCACUCGAGGUAUGCGACUUUGUGUAUGGAAAUUCACACGAGCCAAGUUUUCUCGACGCUGCAGAGCUUUUCUAUGAGGCAAAUGCAAUUGAUCUAUGCUCACCAUUCUCGCACGUUUUAGUGUACGAAAAUCCAUUUAUAACUGCCACUUCCCGGUCCAUCAUAUCCGACAUAUACGCCCUUUCUCGUCAGUUCUCCACCGUAGACGUUCCUCGGCCCCUUGCCAUGCUCUACACCCUUCUUCGACUUCGUCUACCUAAUAUGGACAACGUCUCUGGCGAUGGAGUUUGGUUCCAUGCUAUCAAAGUGUGGAAUGAGGUCGGCGAAGUUAGCGAGAGCGAAAGUUUCGACGGUCAACGUAAGUCGAUUGUUGAGCAUACUCUCAACAUACUAUUUCUCCCAGGAAUCCACAAUGGUUCUUGUCAAGCACAGAACCCCAAUCAUAUCUUAGGUCCCGCUACAUCUUCCACAUGUUCGUCUCCCACCCUCUCGGCGUCAUCUGCUCCACACUCUCCCUUAACCCCUCGCUCACUUGUCGCGCACCCCUCCUCAUCUUAUUCGUCCCUUUCCCUGUCCUCUACAUCCACUUCCUUCCCUUCACUCCCAAUACCAUAUACAGCACUCUCCAUCCCCUCUCCAUUUCAUCUCCGUCUUCCCAUCCACACCCGGCUCUCGUUCAACGAAUCGGGACUUAUCACAUACCACCGAGAUAUCUGGGACGUUAAAGACGUCAUCGGACUUGUCCCCGGAGUUUCUCUAGUCCAGUGGGUGACUGCGAGGCUUGUCGCACGGGGUGUGGCGCGGAUCGGCAGGUUGCUUUUAGGAGGGAGAGUAGGAGGUGAGAGAACAAGGAAGGGCGAACAAAGGGAGUGGAUACUAGGAGGAGAUAAGGCAGCGCUUGAGGAGAAUCACAGGGAUUUACUUACAGGCCCUGGGAUCACUAAGCGACGAUCAGAAGGUAGUAUGGGACGGGGGGACGAAGAACAACAGAAAAAGCUUGGAAUACUGCUCCCAUCUGAGACUUACAGAGUGCACGCACAACGUGCACAUGAAAUGGAACAGCACAUGCGAGAGCGAGAGAAGCGAGCGUGCGAGCAGGAGAACCAGACGAGUCGGGAAUCGCACGGAAGAGAAACUCAUCACCCCUUCGGUGAAGACCAGCAGGGCGAAGGACCCAGUACGAAGCCUAAGCGUGAAAGCAAAGCACAAAAAGCGACUGUAUCAACUGAGAGAAUGGGUACUGAGGAGGUGUGA